ACCGCUGCUCUCUCUCACAUUACUGGCUCACUGACAUGCUGGGCCCACGGCAACGGCCCCUUUGUCCCUCUUCAACUGGCUGCCUGGCUCUCUCCGUACACUCUCCACGCACCCCCGAACUCCACUCCAGAUCCGCUCCACGAGGCCAUCAAUCAGAUCGCUGAGCAAGCGGCGCGGCGGAUGGGGGCGGUGGUGGCGGCGGUGAUCGCCAUCGCGGCGGUGGUGCUCGGCUGGAUCACCAUCGAGAUGGCCUGCAAGCCCUGCCUCGAGACCGGCCGCCGCGCCAUGGACCGCGCGCUCGACCCCAACUACGACCCCGACUCCCCCACCAACGCCACCACCACCAACGGCGCCUCCACCACCGAGCCGCUCCUCGGCGACCUCUCCGCCUCCACCGCACCACCCGCCAAGGCCAUCUGAUCGCCUCAUCCGGCGGGACCAGCCCGGCCGGACCCGCAGAACGCAGCUUACAAAUGACAUUGCAACCUAGAUUCUGAAGGAGGCUUCACCUUUCUACACCAUAUGCACACGCUCGGUUGAUUUGGGACAAAAUCAGGUUAGGCUAGCGGACAGCAAGAGGUAUAUGUACAGAUUAGUACCUGGCUGCUAUUCUUCCUCCAUUGGAACAUCAUUGCUCCCUUCAGCUGCAUCCUCAUCCAGGGUGUUGUCAUUCUCAUCUGCCGGAGUGUCCGAGUCAGUCUGCGUCUGCUCCUCAUCUUCAUCAUCCACGCUUCCAUACACCUGAGAGCUCACCACAUGACCGUGCAUGUCCUUGUGCUUCAGGUUGCCUAUCACAAAAUGUGGGCAUCAGAGGUUGGCAUAGCUUUGUAGGUUGUAGCAUACAAAAUCACAGCUCUGGAUUGAGAAGUCGUUUGUUUCCAGCUUGCAUUUUCCUGGAUAACUAGGCAAUAUUGCGAUUUGCGAAUGAGGCUGCGAGAUUUACCCAUCCAGAAUUUCUUCUCGGUCGAGCAGUUGUGUAGCAACGCCUUAACUUGGAACAGGAACUUUUCCAUGGAUCUC